GCCGUCCUUCACGCCGUCCGUGGGUGCCUCACACACACACGUGUAGACGGGAGACAGUGGUGUACGUACACGCGGCCUGUGCGCACGGCAGCGGCUCCCCCUCGCUGGCUGGAGGACCCUCCCCGUGACGCAACUCCUACCUGGACUGAUAGUGGUAGUUGCAGCGAACGGCCGACAGAGGUCAGGACCGAGGACUCUACUUCUCACACAGAAAAAUCAGAGGAUUCAGAAACAUCAGUCAUCAUCUUAGAAACGCAUGGCGCUGACCCUAAUCUCUUGAGGAGCGACCCAGAGCAAGGAGCAGCAAGCCACGACGCCACAGACACGGAAGCGUCGCCACCGAAACCCGAAAGCGACUCCUCGACACAAGAGUCGAAGGACGCAGAGAAGAGAUUCAGUCGAGAUUCGACCGAGACUGACGAAGGCGAUUACGCCGAAAUCGGGUCCCAGACUGACACCUCCACGGACACGCUGGUGUUCGAUGUGUCCCAGAACGACCUAGACGCGACCUACACGGAGGAGAGCUCAAGGGGAGCGAGUGUAGAGUUUGAUCAGGCGACAGGAGCCUAUAUUGAAUAUCCGAACGAAGCCUCAGACGACGAAUCUCUCAAACGAAGCCAGUCUGAGGAGGAUUACAGCUCUUUCGGUGAAAACGAUUCGUUUUUCGUAAACUUCGAAGAGGAGCUCGAGAAGGUAGAGCAGCAAUACCCGGAAUUGGAAGCGAAGCACUUGCUCUCUGAAGGAGGUGAGGAGCAGGAAGCAGAGGAAGGGGUCGUGUGGGUGUGCGAGGUGGUAGAAGGGAGUAGCACGUGCUUCACAAUAGCCGAGGAAGUAGAGGAAGAGGAGAAUCCCGCGCCACAAGUCGGAAAACUGGAUUCCACCAUGGGACAAUAUUAUUCCAGUGCCUCUGGGGGGGACCCCUCCAGGGGCGAUGCCUCCGGAUCCUUACCUUCGUCUCCCCGGUCGUCUGAAGGCUGGAGAAUGUCCAUGGCUUCUACAGCAACAGUGGCUUCAUCUGCUACAGCAAAUUCAGACGAUACUCUCGCCAAAGACAUGUCAGAGCUCUCUUCGAUUAAUUCACGUCUGUCAUAUCUCGAUGAAGCACAGGACGACGUUAAGGUCCAUUCACUAAACCAAAAUACAGACCCCGAUAUAAUCCCAAAGGAGACCCCGCAACCCGACCAGACUAGGCAAACAAGCAUCAAAGACGCUAUUGAUGAGCUCGAGAGCAUUGAACAGGCGGCGCAGACGCUGCUGCUGAAGCGACAGUGUAGUGACGACGAGCGUGCCACACCUGUCCCAGGCGACGCAAGUCGCACAAAGCUAUCAGGUGAGAAAAUAUUUUUCUCAGAUCAGCACCUAAGUACUGAAACAUAUGAAUUGAAAUCAGGUGACAGCACGACAGUAGAUUCUGCGCAAAACAUAUAUGAAAAUUCCAACAAUUCUGAAAGGUAUGCUGGCGUAGAUAAGCCUGAAAGCUCAUUUUCCCCGGAGAAUGUACACAAGAAUGACAGGUAUACAAAAGAGGAAAAAGUUUCUGUAAUUAUAUCUGAGGACAAGCCUCCCCUGCCUCCGACAGCUGGCAGUCAGCCACCCAAAGUUGAAGUGAAACGCCGCUGGUUUUCACGCUCCAAGGAAAUUCAGCCUUACAUAUCUCGGGAGUCUUACAACAAUGAUAAGAUAUUCAAGGAGCUGGAGAGACUGCGCCGGAGCUUCCAAGAGAGCGACCUCAAUGAUUUCUUAGACACCCUGGAGAACACCGCCAUUCCGGACGAUAUGGACGAGGCCUUCCUGCGCCAGCUUCUUCUCGACAUCCGCGAGGACGUCGAGGGCCCUCCCCCCUUGGCCGAAGGAGACGCUCAGCUGACCGAGGACGCCGAAAUCAUCGAGGCCGAGGCUGCCACACCAGUACCUGACGCAGAAGCUGUUGCCGAAGCAGCGCCCCGCCAGACGGCCACGGGAAGCAAGUUCGAAAAGGUAAAGGAGAGAAUUUUGGAAAUGAUUAAAGUCCGAAAGAAGGAUAAAGGCAAAGACGGAGAUGACGCUGACACACCCAACUUGCAGAAGGACGAUUCUUUGUCUAAUGAGCUUCUUAAGGAUGAUUCUAGUCGCUCUGAAACCCCGCAGAUUAGCCGAUCUAUCACUCCACAGUCCCUGCGGCCUGACACCCCAGAUUCUAAAUCAAACAGGCCCCUCACGCCAGAUUCUUCAAAAGGCGACGAGUCAAAGAAAGGCUUCAACAUCGCCGAAUUUCUCAAGAAGGGGUCACCGAAAUAUCUUAGAAAGAAAUACAAGGAACGAAAGAAUCGUAAAUCGGAUGUACUGACGACGUCUGAAAGCGAAAGUGAAGAUGCAGAAGGAUAUAGGAAAGACGUAAAUUACUCAAAUAAUUUGUCACAAAAGAAAACGAUCCUCACUGAUAGUCAGUCAAGCCUUAAGGGAAGCAACCGGUCUCUCACCGCUUCCCAGGAACUCAAGAAGGAAGUGAGGUUUGAUCUGAACACCGAUACUCAGAAGAAGGGCGGGGAUGAAGCCAAAGACGCGAAAAUAGAAGCAGUAAAACCAAUAAUAGUGGAUGAGAAAGCGAAGGAUUCUCCCAGGCUCUCAGGGCCACAGAUGAUCACAUGUGAAGCUCAGCAGCAGGAAACAGUUAUCCUCAAGGAAUUUGAAGAGACGACGCAGGAAAUGGAAAAUGACUAUAUCCUGAAUCUUCCCUCGACCGUCGAGGACAUAAACGCGCGAGCCGAGAAUUUGCUUCCCAGGCUACCUGAGCGAGCCAAACCUCCAAGAAGAAGAAAGAAGUUAAUACCCGCGCCCGUCGAGGAGCUGAGUACCGACGUGCAAUCUGAAACGACCUCCACGACCUCCGUUGAGUCGGUCAAGGAGACCCGCGCUGAAAGCCUCAAGGUCAAUGCAGCGCUCAAGGACGAGUCUCCUCCGCCCUUGCCUCCUUAUGAUGAAGUAGCAGAACUUGAGACAUGCACUCCCACGUACAUACAGGUUGUUGAAACGACUCGUCAUCCUGAAGACAUUGCAGAAAUAGUGGAAGAAAUAAUAGAAAUAACAGAAAGAAGGGUGAAAGUCCCUCCUCCUCCGCCUGUCACGACUUCAGGUUCAUCUGCAACAGUUAUCAACGAAAUCAUCAUUCUGAACUCUGAGGCUUCGACCUCUGUGGCGUCCACGACAGACAGCCAUUCUAGCGACGGCCUCGUGGACCCGAUACCAGUGACGUCCGUGGCGACGAUAUCCGUUGCACCUGCCCCGGAGACAGCGGUGGUGGUGAUGUACCCGCCAAGGACACUGCCGCUUCCCGUGAUUCAGGAAUCCCUAAACGAGGAUCAGGUGUCCCUUCCGACUCCAAGUGAACCGACACUGUCCUUCAGUACUCUAACGUCAAGCGCCACGACGCCCUUAGAGGGUGAUCACAACGAGUCUUUUUACGAUAAUGCUAAUCCAUUUGCAGAAUUUCAAGAGAAGGAAGAAAAGACCCUCUCACUUCAGCAUGAUACAGCUGAAAUUAUAGUCGAGGCCGAAUCACCGACGAAAGCCACAAGUGUGGAAAAAGAAAAUAAAGCUGAUAUUUCUGAAAGAGUCGAAGUAACAAAUAAAGAAAAUACAGAUUUAGAAAAGAUAGAUUUACAGAAGGACAUCUUGGACUCACAGAUUAUUGAAGUUACCCCUCAAAUUCCUGAAACCAAGGUCGGAGAAAUAACUACUGAAGUAAUUCCCUGUGAGUCCUUUGAAGAAGUUACUCCUGGAGAGACGAAGGUAGAGGAUGAGAAAGUGUCUAAAGCAAAGCCUGAAGUAGAGCCUGAAACGAUGCGUGAAGAAAAGCCAGAAGCAGAGUCUGAAACAAAGUCAGGCGUGAAGCCCGAAGCAAAGCCUGACACGAAAUCAGAAGACAUCCUUGAAGUAAAGACAGAAGAGACAGAACGCUUGAUAACCGAGGCGUCUGUAGUAGAAGAAACAACAGAAUCCAAAUCGGAGACGACUUACAAGGCGACUGAAGAUAUGAAAGAUAAGCAGCUGCCAGAUUCUCAGCAGGAAGCUUGCAAGAGCCCUGAAUUAGAGAAAAAGGAAAUAGCUGAUAUUGAUGCUCUUGCUGCAUUGACAGCUGAGAUGUUUAAAUUUGCAAAUGAAAAGGAAUCGAGCAAAACGCAAAAACAGAGUGAAGCAUUGAAAUCAGCAGUCGUAAAUGAUAGCUCAGUUGACACAUCUGACAUGGCAACUCAGAAGGACACUUCAUCCGAGGCGCCUCAAGCACAGACACAAGACAUGAGCACCACUACAGAGACGAAGGAGAUGGUGACCCAGACGGAACAGGACGCCUCGCCUCGAGCGAAAUCUGUCAAGGAGAUGGUAAAAAGCAACACGAUCGCCAUUCAGACGGACGCCACUCGUCUGGUGCGCAUGUACGAGGCGGCUUCGCAGACGGACACCGAGUACGAGACGGACCUGGAAACCGAGUCGGAAUUGGAGGAGAAUGCCUCGGGGCGCUACGACGCCAGCAAGUGGCUGUUCAGGCCCACGAACGACGCCAAGGCGAUGGACCCGCAGAUGCAAGAGUUACACAAGCAGCAGCAGAUGAUGAUCCAGGAGCUCCAGCAACAGAGCGUGAUGCAGCAGCAGAAGCAGAAGAAGGCUCCCGAAGUCCCCCCGCGUCAGUUUCAGCAAAAGAUGCCCAUGCAGGUGGUGGAAGAGCUGAAGAGCGUGCUUGCAGAGAACGGAGAUGACGCCACGCGGCUGAAGAAGACCGCCGACCCUCCCCCCCGAUGGGACUCGGACCUCACGUGGGAGAACGAUGAUCUGGCACCCAUUCCCGAGGAGGCACCCGAGCCCAGUGCCAGAGCGGUGGGCGGUGUAGUUGACACGCGGCAGGCUUAUGCUGUAGAGGCAGAGCCCGCAGGUGUUCCUCCCCACGCGCACCAGGCAGCAGCUGGCGCCUCUGACCACGUACAGCAGACAUCAGCUGAUGUUUCUGGCGUCAUGCAUAUACCACCCAGUGACUCACAUCAUAAGAAGCAGGCUUCUGCUUCAUUUUCUCAUCUCGUGCAGCAGGCGGCAGCUGGUGCCUCUCCUAAUUCGCAGCAGACUCCAGUUGGUGCUCCGCAGCACGUGCAGCAGACACGUGACAACCUCUUUCACCAUAAUCACCAGUCACCAGAUCGCCUAGCAGAAACAGCCUCACCUGCGCCAGGUAAUGUCGCAGCUGAUCAGCAGGCAGCAGACACCCAGACCACAGCAAAGAUCCGGGCCAACGUGUACCCCUGCUUCGCUCCUGUGCCCAAGCUCCCGAGAGGAAAGCCUCCUGUGCCGCGCCCCGUCCGCCGCCUGAGCGCCGAUGGGCAGGAGGACGGCUACCUGAGCGACCCCGGGGCACGACGAGGGAACGGCCGCCUCAGGCAGACUCCGGACAGAGCAAAACCUCCGGUACAGGCGCCGGCGGAGGACCGCGGCUAUGCCACCGACUCGGAGGUGGUAGUGAAGGCAGAGGGGAAGAAGACGCUGCUCGGCACGUGGACACCCUUCGGGCAACCAGGGCGUGACCCUCCACCUCCUCCCUCCACCCCAGCUCAUGCCUUACAGGAGCUUGGCUUGGACGAGUCGACUCUGCUGAACGAGAUCGAACAGAUUCUCGGCUUCGGUUCGCUCUCGUCCAAGAGUCGAACGGAAUCCCACUCGCAGAACGAACUCGCGUCCCCCCGCCCGGACCCGGUCGCCAGGGGGCAUAAGUUGGGCAAAUCCAGGAGCGAAGAAGCCCCCCUCGUGCCCGGGAGGGAGUCGAGCAAAGGAGUGUGGUCACCUGGAAGGACAGACGAGAAGGACUCCUCUGGUCCCUCCAAGAUCGAUGUCCCUGACCUUCCCUCAUUCAAGGAUCAACCUACAAUCUGGAGUCCCAGCAGAGGAAAGACACCACCUGCACGAAGCACCUACACGAGAACCGACUACGCAGGAUACUCUCAUCGCGUAACCCGAGACGAUGAAAUAGAUAUUAAGUACCUCGAAGGUCUUUUCCGUUCACUGUUUUCACCCGACCAAAUUGAGCGAGCUGGCAGCGCGAGCCCGAGCCUGGGACGAAAAGAGUACCGGAAGAUCACGUACGAAGGAACCUUGCAGAAGCGGCCGUCGCAGGAGAAUGUCUCAGCCCCGCGCCCCGAGGAGAGCUUUGCCUGGAAGGACAAAGAGAUUGAAAGGACGCUGAAGUCCCCGACGUCUACGCUGCCCAAGGUGCAAAACCCGACGGUCACCCUCCUGCAGAAGAAACGAGAUGACCCGCAUUCGACCUCAGAUGGACAGAUUCCUGGAAAGCGGCCGGAAUACCUAAAGGGUGAUGAUUAUGGUCCCGCUUAUAAACCAGACGAUAAGUUGUACACCAUUAAGAGAGAGUACGAGUCAGAGGACGAGGAAGGCAGUCGCCGCUUCGCUGUCUUAGGGCCCAAGAAGGUACAUGGUGUUGGCCCAACCACCAACGACGGAGUUCCUACCACACUUAAGUCGGGUGUGAAGUCUGAGCACCAAGGAGAGUGGUAUCGCAGGAUGUUCGAUUCUCUACAUAAAGUUAAAGAUGACGAUCACGUCAUCAUCAAAUACAAAUGCCCACGAGCCCGCUACGGGGGCUACAUGUCGGAGCCCGAAGGCUACGACUCCGACGUGGGCUCCUCGCGCUACGCCACCCUCGACCGCCGCCGCAUGCACCACUUCGAUGCCGACCCCAUGAGCUCCAGCCUGCCAAGAGACUACCUCGCAGAUUUGGAUCCUUUCUUCAGGAAUACCAACCGCUACGUCCACCAGCCGGGUCGCAUCGAGGACUACGUGCCAGGCCAUUCCUCACUCUCCGAAAAAGAGCAGAAGAAGAACCCGGAGGCUGAAAUUAAACACGAGGCCAAGUCUCAGGAGCCCCCGCCGGUGUCCGUCAACCACAGGCUCGGGUCGCAGAAGAUGUCAAUGACCCAUGCCCUGAAGGAGUCUGGAUACGAGAGCGAUAGCACGUUGGUGUUCCGUAAGCGAGAGGACGCUCGCCGUCAGCCUCCCGACCCGAGGAAGACCAGCCAGGUGUACCGCCAGAUCCAGCGCGGCGGCGACAUCCCCCUGACCGGCCUGCAGAAGACUGCUCCCGCGAAGCCGAAAGACGACUACUACGUGGUGUACUCUGACCUGGACCUUGGUCUGCACCACCCAUCCCUCUCCGACCUGGCCUACGCCCGUGUCUCGCCAAGAGCCAUGUCGCCACCGGCCAAGCCUCCAGUGCCAACCUUCGGGGAACGGAAAAGGUCGGCACCCUCCAAAGUGUCCCUGGCCCCGUCGCCCCCACGCCGCAUAUCGUCCAAGUGGCACCCGUCCCUCAUGAAGGCCUACAAGGACCGACCUCCCAUCCCUUCCCCGCGGUCCACCUCGGCCGAGCGAGUGCGAGAGACGCGAGCUCUGUAUUCCACGUGGCAUCGCGAGAAGGUCGCCCGCUCCAGGGAGAAGCUGGGCUCCUCUCCUGCCAGAACCAAUUCCCUGGGACGAACAUCCUCGUCAGCCAAGCAAUCCAGCGAGGUUCGGGAGAACUUCCUGAAGGAGCGUCGUGCUGUUUCAGAGUCACGGUUUACUCUCGAAGAUCGUGAGAAAUCGCCACCUCGAAGAACUCCUUCGCCCCCCAAGGCUAGUUCCCCCGUCAGACAGGCCGAUGGUCGUGAAAAACUGCACCAUAGAGCCUCCUUGAAAGAUGUAUCGCCAGACAAAGCAGGGACAUACAGGAUCAAGGUUCAGGAGCCACUUGUAACCAAAGGCCACAGCCGGUCGCUCAGUGCUGAUGCACAGAGAAAAUGGUCCAACACCUCAACAGAGAGCGGGAUGUAUAGUGUCACACGACACACAGUGAGUAGCAUGAAUAAGAUCAGAAGACCCUCGCAGCAAAAUGCGGUUGACAGCCGAAGUAGCAGUGCAGAUGCCACCUGCAGGAGGAGACGAAGCAGCUGCUUAUCCCCAGAGCCACAGCUAGCUUCCAGGAAAUCGCCAGUAGGUCGGAAGGACAGCCGUCACAGAGAGUCACCCUAUUCAGAUGUGUCUCUGGAAGUUGCUGAUGACAAGAAGCUAAAACAGAGUGAAAGCUUUGACACAACCCAGAGUAAUGAGACAGGGUACUCCAGCAUGCUCGACCUUUCACCCUCACCAGUGCCAGACAGGAGGACCGAGGAGCGUCGAGCAAGGAAAAAGUCAGAAUCUCCAGUGCGACCUCACUCGGCCCCUACCCCGAGGCGCUCUCGCUAUUCGCACUCCUUCAGCGAACAGAGGAACAAGUGGGAGGCCAUAACACGGGGCGAGGCUGUGGGUCGCAGGUCUCGUAGCCCGUCAAGGAGCACAUCGCCUCUUCGGUCCCUCCAGCUGGUGCGGCAAGUGAGCAGCAGCUUCAGGAACAUUCCAGCAGAAGUCUUUUCAGAGUCACGUCGGAGUAAGAGUCUGGAGGUACUGACCCCCUCGCCACACUCUCACCCCCAGCGCUAUCGCCAAUACAUCCUGGAACUUCGAAACGCUGCUCCCCGCAAUGCUCGCAUCUCACAGCUACGGCGCCUGUUUACAUCGCUUGAGCGAGUCCAUCGCCUCGAGCGCUCGGUGAGUACCGUGGAGCUCUCAGCAGCAGAUAAUCGCGCCCAUGAAAUUAUAGAUUUCGAGACAUGGAAGAGUAUGCGUGAAAAGGAAAGAAAGGCUCUUGAAUAUAAUGUACUCCUGAAGGAACUGAAUGUGGCUCAGAAGGAGCGAGAGUUCCUUUAUAAAGUGACUCCGGAGAAGAAAUGGGCCGGUGACUGCCGACUUCGAGGCCGUGACGUGAGUGUCCCAGAGCUUCGUGAGAAAUUUGAUUCACUCACAGAUAACAGUUCCGAGAUCUCCCAGAAGCGACGCCAGGAGUUAGAGAACUCCAAGGACACGUACCGAGGACUGUGGCGUGGCUCCUCGGUCCGGGAUGUGUCGCGGAUGUACGAGAGUCCCGAGCGAAGCCGCAGUAGCAGGCGCGGUUCUAGUCUGAGUCUUUCACGUGAAGACUCGGGUAUAAGAGCUCGUGGCCUUUGGACCAGCCUCAGCCUGGAGCAAGUCAAUGCCUUUCGUGACCACCUCUCGGAAAUCUACGGCUCCAUGCAGAAUGUCCGCUCUUGGCGAGAGAGGAAGCAGAUGAGCAUGGAGAGGUCACCCAACAAGAGUCAACGUGAGCUUGCCAAAUACAGCGUGGACGUCUCAGAGACCGGGCGCGUCCUGGCAGAUAAGCUGCGGACCCUGCACGUGCGCCCGCCGCCAGAGUCCACCCGAAGGCCUCCCUCCAGGCAUUCAUCACCUCCAAGGGCUGCGAAGAGUUCCGGUAAUGUUCAUCAGUACGAGGAUCAGCGACGUCAGCUCUCAAAGCAGCUGUCCAUAGAAUUCCAGGAGAAGGUAAAGGAGCAGAAGUCGGGUCGUCGACUGGAAUCGACACCCGCCAUGCUGGACAGUCUGCAAGUGCCGGAGCAUCCGACGUCGGUCAGUCCAGAGAGUCUGUCUCGCUCCUCGCCCCGCACCUGUUACUCCCUUGACAUCUCGGACUCGUCGGAGCCCAACUCGCUGAACUCUGGCGACCAGUUCCUCCUCGUGGUCCAGAAGCCCGGAGGCCACGGCCGCAGCAACAGUCUCCCCCCGGAGCAGGGGAGCGAGGCCGACUCGAGUGAUUCCGAAAUGUCCGUCCGAACCGUCGUCCACAAGGAUGUCGCAGGAAAGGUCAAGUUCUUUGAAAAACGAGCUCGACGUAACUCCAGGUCGUCAGAGCGGCAUUCCUCCCGCGGAAGCCGCCUCAAUAUCGAUGAGGUUCCCCAUUACGCAACUCUUCCGUCUCGCCUGAAGCAACAGUCUCAGAACAAACUGUUUUCACCCAACUACCUGCCCGAGAGGUCGGUUUCGUCUGUCAACUUAGCAAACAAGGGGGAAUUAUCGUGGCGAAUUUAUGACAAGGCCAAUCCAGUGAGCUCUUCCUCGAUUCAGCGUCUGUCUGAUCAGCCAAAAGACAAGCGAGAGCAGGUGGAUCCCACUUCUCACUCUCGCUCGUACCUUUACCACGUGAAGACCGGCGACGUGAACCGCCUGAAGGAUCGCUUCGAGAGUCCUGAGGAUGCCCGUCGUCGCGCGCGCUCCCUGCCGGACAUGAACGGUUCUUUGUCACGCGUCACGCCCUCGGGGAAGACUGUGGUACGAGGCCAGGAGGCAGGGGACGUGCAGUACAUGCGCGCCAAGUACGAAGCGCCCAGGCGGUCGCGCAGCCCCGAGCGAUGGCAGCCGAGUCGCGACGAAUACUUGCCCAAAUCUAAGCUGACGAACACCCUUCAGUCCCUGGCGUCCCGUUCGCCGGCAUUCUGCGAGCCAGCGACCGUGGAGAGGCUGGCACGCCGAGACUCCGUCGAGAAAGCAGUGUUACGGCGCGUCCACACGGGGAAUGUGGAAGCCUCCGUCGAUCGCUUGGAGAGCCAGCAGACAGGAUCCGGUGUAUCUAUUAUCGGCCAGAUGUACACCUCUGCGCCCUCGGUAAAUGAACUGGCGAACAUAUCAACCCUGGUCCCCCCGCGGCCGCCGCCGCCGCUCAUGGGGCCACAGAAGCCACAGCGAAUGGCGGUGCGGAGCAACAUCCAGCCGCUCCUGACGUCCACGCCGACGCCGUCGCCGCGAGACGCCCGCGCUGCACACAAGCAGCGAGCCCUCCAGGUGACCGAGCCCGUGUGCUAUCCGCCCUCGCAGCUGCACCCGCCCCCAGGGGCCUCCGCCACCUUCACCCGCUCGUCCUCCUCUGACUACAACGCCGACGCCCAUCGCCCCAAGUCGCGCUACGUCCCCCCCGAGUCGUACGGGUCCCCGGGGAGCGCCCCCCACGCGCGCGGGAGCUGGACCCAGUCCCUGGAGCGGCCUCACCGCGUGACCCGUGCCAUGACCAACACCAACCCCCCCGCGCCCUCCCGAGGCAGUAGCCAUUGCUACACCCUGCGGCGGCACCACCAGGUGCACCACGCCCACCACACCCCCCGCGCCGAGCACCUCUCCCCCUCACAGCCUCAUCCCUACUCCAAUACCUACUCCCAGAUCACGAAGCCAUACCAACCUUACUCCCACAGUCCAGGACGAGACCAGAACUACAACAACAAGGCCGUCUCAUGGAAAGAAUCCCCCUACAAGUACGAGUCCGGGGAGGUGAACAUCCACUACCGAACCCCCGUGAGGAUCGAGCAGAAGGAGGCGAUUCCCGAGGAGGAGCUCGCCCGUCGCCAGGAGGAGCACAUGAAGAAGGUGUACGAGCAAGAGCGACGCAAGAAGUACCUGGCCGAGCUGGAGGACAUCGAGCGCAGGAGACACACCGACAACUUCACACCCCUUCAGAAAUCUCCCAUUCCCUUGAACCGUUACGACGAUGAGAGUAGCCUGGGGACUUUGCGGGGUAACAGAACUCCGGAGCCAAAGCAGGUUGCAAAGGCACUCUACAAUUUCACCGCACAAAACAAGAGGGAGCUAACAUUUAACAAGGGUGAUGUUAUCUUCAUCCGUCGGUCAAUAGACAAGAAUUGGUAUGAAGGAGAGCUGCGUGGAUCUGUUGGUAUUUUCCCAUGCAACUAUGUAGAGAUUGUGCCUUAUGAUCACAUGAAAACCCUGACAAGAAAACCAACUGAAGGACAAGCAAGAGCGAGAUUUAAUUUCCAGGCCCAGACUUCCAUGGAAAUGUCCCUCAGCAAAGGGGAGCUGGUUGUUCUGACCCGUCGAGUCGAUGAAAACUGGUAUGAGGGUCGAAUAGGCGCUCGCAAGGGUAUUUUCCCUGUCUCCUAUGUAGACACCCUGGUGGAACCAGGUCCUGACAGACCUUUGACUCCCAGCUCCUCGCCCAUGCCGCGGCCCGCUCUGCCUGCCGCUAAUCUGCUCUACAAUGGUGCCUCUUCCUACUCCAGCCCCUACUCUACCUUGGGUCGGCCAGGAAGCCAAAAUGAUUCCAGACCUUAUAACCAAUCCCUCACCGUCAACACUCAGCAAGAGCCCGUUGCAUAUCGAGCACUCUACAACUAUAAGCCCCAGAAUGAUGACGAGCUUGAGCUUCUGGAAGGAGAUGUGGUACUAGUGAUGGAGAAGUGCGAUGACGGCUGGUUCGUAGGCACUUCCCGCAGGACUGGUCUCUUUGGCACCUUCCCCGGCAACUACGUGGAAAGGAUCUAAAAGGAAAAAGAAGAAGCAAGAGAAUCUGAAAGCAAGGGAUUUUUAUGCCUGAUUCAUUGGUUGAAUUAUCGUUUUGCAUUACCAUUCUGUCUUGUGUGUGGGGGGCCUCUGGAAUUAUUCGGUAUGGGAGACCUUUUUUUUUUUGUUUUUCUUUCUUUUUUAAAAUAUUUUGUAAACUCACCUUUUUUAAGUGUGGAAGACCUGAGGGUAAUGUAGGAAAAGAUCCUGGCUUAUUUAGGAGAGUUCGAGACCCCAGUAGAUAUCAGUGAAUUUUUUUAUUGAGACUGGAAAAAGAGAUUCAUACUUUUUGAAAAGUUUUCAGGGUAAUUCUAAAUAUUCCAGGAUCUAAAGUGUGAAAUAGAGGUCCUUGUUACUGAAUACUGAAGGGCAGAAAUUUAUGACUGUUAAUUAUGUACAGUGAGUGAGUGGUUUAUCCAUACAUUGAAUUACUAGUUUAUAGAUAUCAGUGAAAGAAAAUGGCAAGUUUUGCUUACAAGAUCUAAUUUUGUGCCAAUAUAUGAUGUUGAAAAUUCUGUAACAUCGCAAAAGAUUAUUUUUGUGACAAUUAUUUUCAGCUGCACAGACAAUCUUAUUUUGUUGUUUAUAACUUUGACAGAUCAUGAAUACCAGUGUCCCAUACACAAAUGUGUAUAAAUAUUGUUGUGUGUUAUGAAACCUAUUUCCUUGUCCAAGAAGAAAAUGGGGUAAACUACGUCCAGGUUUUGUGCAUAAGGCCUGUAGGUGCUGAAAUAUACCAUUUUAGCCUUUGCAGUUGUGUAUAUCAGAAAUAACAUAUAUAUAUGUGUCUCAUUUCUUCAUGUGGAUACAAAAGAUAGCUGUCCUUCAGUAUAGAGGCUCAUUCUUGUCAAAAUGUUUGGUAGUGAACACAAUAUGAGAAUCAUUUCAGGUUUUUGCACGUGUCUAGUCACACCCAAAGUGAAUUUAUUAAAAGAAAUUAUGUAGAUGUCUUGUUACCCUCUGCUGGUGCUUUCUUCUGAUGUAAUGAUCUGUUAUGAAAUAAUAAGUAGAAGUUUGUGGAGCAAAAGUGACCUGUUUAAUUUAUGGAGAUUAUUUCAGGAAUAAUGAUUUGCUCUAGAAACUUUGCAUUAUAUGCACGAUUUCCAGAUUUUUUUCUUUUUUUAAUCUAUAAUGUAAUCAGUGCUUUCCUAAUACUACUCCUGUCUUUAUUGCCUCACUUUUCUGUUUCCUUUUUUUCUUUUUACUUAAUUCACCUCAUUUUAGGCAUGAUAGAUAUUGGAGUGAAUAUGAAUAAUUUAAGACAUAAUGCCUUUCUCAAAUGUUAAAAGAUAAUGUUAAAUCUAUGCCUCGUUAGUUGUAACCAUUCUCCAAAUUAGAGUAUAUGAGUAAGUAUGUAAAAUAAUCAUCUCUGUAAAAAGAUUGGAUACUGUUCUACUAGAAAGGGAUGACAGAGGAUUCAUUUUGGUGGCAAAAGAAUAGCACUUGUUUUGAACAUAGGUGUGUGAAUCACCAACCUUUUUUGAUAUUUAAUGUAAUUUUACAUUUAAGAAAGUCAUUUUUUAUAAUUCCCAUUUUUAUAUUGAGAAGGUUAAAACUGCAAAUGGACUCUUGCCUGUGUGUUUAGAUAUUUUCCGUUAAUGUCACUGAAAUUCAUCUUAACAUUUCUGUUUUCUGAUGGGAGACAACAAGGCAGUGUGGUCAAAGAGAGUGUGGUCCUUCAUAUAUGACGAAGCAUUUAGGUUCGUACAAACUUUUAUAAGCAGACAUUUUCCAUCCAGGUUAAAGUUAGUAAAAUAGCCUUGCUUACUCAGCCUGUGCUGUGUUUAAGUAAUAAGAAAUCGGCCUGUGCUUCGUCUGUUUUAUAUGAACUCGGCCUGUGCUUCCGUAUUUAUCUUCCUCCUAUUACAGCCAAUAUUUUAUUAUCAUGGUUAAGUGCUGUUAGCAUUUAAGAGUUCUCUAGUUUAGCAAAAAAACAAAAAACAAAUUAUCUUUGUAUUUAUUACACCAAAAAUCUUAAUUCAGAUUAAUAAAAUGUUUGCUUGUGUUGAUAAAUCUGAUAUGCUCAGCAGUUAUGAGUGUCGUGGUAUACUUUAUUGCGAGAACUUCACUUCCUCGAGCAGCCGUGUUGUUGUGUUGAAUGAUGAGACUCAUAAUUGCUAAACAUACCAUUUUUUUUAAUAAUAGACUUUAGUUUAACAAGGCACACUACACUAAAUAGGUAGAAUUAAUGCUGGAAAGCGAAUUGAGUUUUGCCUUUACAGAUGUUAUAUUACAAAUUUCAGAGUUGUAAAAUCAAGUGCCUUUUCAUGGUAGAGAAUGUAAUGUUUAGAUCAAAGGAGUUUGCCAGUAGCUGUCUUACCUCACAAUGCAUUAUUUACAUUUUAGCCCUGUGUCCCCUUGAAAAAAAUAUAUUAAUAAAAAAAAGGUUGUCUAAUGUCACCAAUCUGAAUCGCAAAAAAAAAAUAUAUACAUAUAUGAAAAAGGGGUAAUUGUGGGCUUCUUCACUUCUGUAUAAUUCUUUCCUGUUGUUAUGCACAAUUUACUUUAGCUAAUCAUGUAGGUAUAUGAUAAUAAAAUGGAACAAUAA